GCUCCAAGGGGCGCCCUGCCCAGGGCUUGGCGGGCGGCGGCAGGCGGGAGGCGGUGGGGGUGUCCCCGGUGGGCGAGGCCCGAGGCCGCCGCACCCCCGGCGGCUCCUGCCCGCUCUGCACCAGCCGCAGCACCUCGGAGAAGGACGGGGCCGGCGGCGGAGCGGCGGGGACCGGGGCCGGGGCCUGCUCCAUGGCGCGGCUCUACGCUGGCAGGGCUGCUGGGCCGCUGCCCACCCUGGCCCCACCGCUGAGCAUGGAGGUGGCCGGGCAGCACCGGCGGCUGGUGGUCUGCGUGGUGAGUGAGCUGGCUCCUGGCUCUGGCCAUGCCGUCUGGAUCUCUGGUGGGAAUGGCAGCAUCCUGCAGUCCUUUUCCUACGGCGCCUCCCAGGAGGACGGUGGAACCAUCUGCACCGUAUCCCUCCUCCCCGAUGACCUCCCAGCUGAGGGGGAUCUUGCCUGCCACGUGGGGCCCACCACAACCUCCCCGGCCCAGAGCUCCAGCCCCAUCCCCAUCACCGGUAUGGCCUCCCUAACACCCCCUCUGUUUGCCUUGGUGCUGCUGCCCAGCACCAUGGUGCCCUCUGAGGAUGGGGGCUCUGGGAGCAGGUGUGAGGCCCCACAAGCCGGGGUUGCUGCCUCAGCGGAGACGCACAGGAAGGGGUUUGCGGUGGGCCCUGCCUCACACCUGGUGCCUCCCCAGCUGCUCUCUCAUCCCACAGGCAACGACGAGGUGGCAGAGCUGUGUCCCAGCAACAUGGCUGUGCCGCUGCUCCACGCCUCAACAGCCCUGCUUGUGGCCGUGCGGGUGGUGCUGCUGAAGGUCGCGCUCUCCAGUGCCCUCUUCACCUCCGUCCUCCUUGCCCAGAGCUGAGCAGUAAGUGCUGGGUUGGCCUUUGG